GGGAGAGGCUACUCCUGAAUAUCCAAUGAGCGCGUUCGGUACACACGGAGAACAAGGGGUCUGUAUAGCUCGCGUUGUUUGUGCACCUGAAAGCGUUACUACUAUUGACAAACAGGCCCGAAAGCUGCGGUUCUUUUGUGUCCGUUCCGCGGUGUCGGUCGUGGCUCUCGGUACCCGCAGCGCCCCGGUGUGUUCGCAGCUCGGCAGGGGGAACAAUGCCUGGCAAAGCCGCGGUGGCAGGGACGCUGGAGCCCAGCGGAGACGUCGCUCCGGCGGCUCCGCAGAAGUCUUUCCCUUUUGUUUUAAAGAAGAUCAUGGACAUUCCUCCUCCCAACAUCCUGGAGGAAGGCGACGAUGAAAUAGAGAAGGAGAAGCUGUGCUCCUCUGAUGAUGUGGAAGGAGGUGGGGCCGUGGCAGCCAGUGCUGGAGGAGCUUCUAGAGGAGGAGGCGGCAGCAGCGGUGGUAGUGGAGGUGUGUCAGCCUCCCUAACCCCGGCCAUUUGGGACAAGACCAUCCCUUACGAUGGAGAGACCUUCCACCUGGAAUACAUGGACCUGGAUGAGUUCCUCCUGGAGAAUGGCAUCCCCGUGAGCCUGGAGGAGGAGGAGCUGCAGAAGACGCUGACCUCGGUGGAAGGCAAAGGCAAAUCAAUCUCCAAGGAUAUCACCACAGCAUCUGCUACUACUACUACUACUACUACUACCACAUCUGCUGCUCCUACUCCAGCCACCCCUGAUGAUGCCGCUGAGGCUGCCUCCGUCUCUGCCUCAGCAUCUUCUGCCUCGACGGCCGCCUCAGAUCCAGAGGAGACGGUGACGGUCACUACGUUACAACCAGCAAAGCUGGAAGAAGAGGAGGAGGAUGAAGAAGAAGAGGAAGAGGAAGAGGAAGGACAAGAGGAGGAAUCUGUGUCUGAGGAGGCAGCGGUGAAAGUGGAAGUAAAGAAAACAGAUCGUAACGCCGCAGAGCGUAACACACCUCCCCCCAUCGACCCCGAGGCCAUCGAGGUGGACGUUAAUUUCCAGCCGGAUCCCACAGACCUGGUCCUGUCCAGCGUGCCGGGGGGAGAACUGUUCAACCCCCGCAAGCACAAGUUCUCAGAUGAGGAGCUGAAGCCACAGCCGAUGAUCAAGAAGGCCAAGAAGGUGUUUGUUCCCGAUGAGCAGAAGGAUGACAAAUACUGGUCCAGGAGGAAGAAGAACAACCUGGCGGCGAAGCGUUCCCGCGACGCCCGGCGGCUGAAGGAGAACCAGAUCACAGUACGCGCCUCCUUCCUGGAGCGGGAAAACGCCGCUCUGAGGCAGCAGGUGGCCGAGCUGCGGAAGGACUGCGGACGCUGUAAGAACAUCCUGGCCCGCUACGAGGCUAAGUAUGGCCCGCUGUAAUAAAAGAACAACGGAAAAAAAAAGAAAACCCAACAACAACUCAGAUUUAAAUCCAUGAAGUAUCAAUGGGACGAAAUCAGAACUCCCUUUCCCGCAGAAUUCAACACAGACACAAACACCGAGGGAAUCUAAAUUUGCACUGUUGUCUUCGCUGGCCUGCAGUCGCUGUGUCGAGCUCCGGUCACAGUUUCUAAACGCGAUGCUGGAGUUUUGGACGCACACUGGCAGGCGGUGAAAUGUGAUGGGAGCGGUGGUCACAGGAAGGCCUGUGGAGAGCGCCUGGCUCCUACACUCUGAGAGGAAGAGGACUGUGGUGGAUGAUCAAACGUGGUCUAUGUUAAGGAACGUUCAGGGAAGUCAUGAAAAGAGCAGGCUAACAGAAUCACAGGCUAUAGAUAUACUACACAAAUUAGUUUUUAUCACCGCACAACACUUCGUGGACCAAAGCAUGAGUAGCGUCAGUCAGGAGUUGUGCGUUUAGAGCGGUGCACACUUGCCAUCCCUCACUUUUCCUCGUACUCCGAUUGAGGCUCAGAAGAAGGAUACGUUUAGAUCAGCGUAGGACAGGAACACACGCGUACAUUAAUAAAGUCUGAAGAGUUAGACCUCAGGUCGGCACAGGAGACAAAGAGGAGAGUCCGUCAGCGGUGCGUUUCGGUUCAGUCACAGUUCUUCCUUCUUGUAACCCCCAUGCACGCCUCUGCGCACACAAAACCGCUGUUUAUAACUGUUUAUGUAUAUAUAGUCAUCUCCUAGUACCAUUUAGUUCUGUGUGUUUUUACUGUGUGUACUUCAUUUUUGCACUUUUUCUUAAAAAAAAAAAACUACACAAAUAGUGUGUAGAGAUUAUACUGGUGGUAGUUGUCUGCCUUCUUUACCAGAACCACGGUGGGACACGCGGUAGCUUACUAGGAAGAAACUAGCAUGAGCGACAGUUUAAAGCAACUGCGAUUUAGUUUCCUCUUCGACUAAUCUCAGCUCAGCUUCCAGAACCUCACACGAGAUUUUUUUUAUAAAUGGAGAAAGAGUAGCAGUUUUGUGUUUUGGGUUUUUUUUGUCUGAUGAAGGCGCAAGUUUGACGAUCUGCGGGGCCCUCACCGGUGGAGGGGUAUCUUCUCAUGUAGGGAUGUUUAUUUUACUGCACAUUGCAAGUAGAGGGCGCUACAGUCACUGCCUGCCUGCUAAACAGUGUAGUGAUGACUGGAUUGCUUUUCUUUUUUUCAGAAAGAUUUAGCCAGGCCCAAAGUUGACUGCUUCGGAAUCUUGUAAAUAAAUGAUCGUCUCACGUUCUUGAUUUCCGAAGACGGGGACUCUGACUGUGUCUUUAUUAACCCAACACUAUUCCUUAUAUUUGCCAAAUAGUCAAUGAGUGCUGUAUUUAUUCUGAUGGUAAUAAUGCAUCUGUUGAUUGUGAUGUACAACAAUAUGUCAUAAAAUUCUAUUUCCUUCUGAGGAACAAUACAUAUAUAAUGAUGCCAAUGACUAAGCAGGGAAUUCAAUGGGUAAACUGUGCUUUUGGAUGUUUGUUUUUAAAACAGAUUUAUAUAGAUAUAUGGGAUUUUUUUUCCUCUAUAUAGAUACAUAUGUGUCUGAACACACAGGGGACAAGGCGCCCUCUUAUUUACCUCAUCCAACACUUCCUAUUUUGAACGCUUACAGGUUUCGUAGGGCUUCACAGCGGUGUUGGUUAAAGCGGAGAGCACAUAAACAGCAGCUUGGUUCCAUUUGGCAAAACCCAAGUUGACAAAAUGAGUUCUUUUUUUGUCAAGGUGGCUGAGUCUGUAUCGAAAUUAGUAAACACAUUACGGACUGUUAUGGGACUCCUAUAUCUCAAGUGUCUUUCUGUGAUGCAGAUUUUGUAAUCGGCCGGACGAUCUUGGGAAAGAAAAUAAAUGUGGCAAUAAUACUCUGUUAUGUAAUGCUCGUUUAAGUUCAGUACUGAUGUUGUAUGUAAAAUUGCUAUGAUGUACUAAAUAGAAAUGCCCCAAAGUCAUUUGUGCUUCCAGUUUUGAUCCUCUGUAGUCGUAGGAUCUUAAUGCAUGAAACCCAGUAAACCUGUCUUGUUCUUUGUUUUUUUUCUUGUACAUUUUUUACACCAAGUGUACUUAUGUCUGUAAACCAUCACUGAAAACUGGAUGUGUUUUUGGAUGGGGAAGGGUGAUGGUAUAUUGUACAGUUCUGUCUAAAAAAGGAAAAGCAGAACAUCUUUGCUACGAUGUGCUGACGUUUCUCGCUCGCAUAAUAGCACCACCUAUCCUCGUGCAGCCAGCGCUCGAGCUUGUUGUCGAACGUCGGCCGAAAACGGCGUCUUUUUGAUCACUGUGUGGGUUGUUUUUCUAUUUACUAAAGAAUGAUCUAUAGCUACAGAUACACUGGAUCAGCUGGUGCUUUUGUGUUUUCUUGAUAAAUAACCUGACGGGGGUAGUACAACGGACGUUUCUUAGCGUUGUGUUUGGUUUUGCAUCGACAUUCAGACGUGACAUUGACUGCAUCAGUGUAGUUAAUGAAUGCAAAUUGUUUGUUUUCUUAUUUUUUGUAAGUAAAUCAAAAAAUUUAAGCGCAAGGCUAACUGAACUGAAGGCACUUGGCUGAGAGAGCCUUUUUAAAAAGACAAUAAAUCAAGAUUUCGUAUAGUACCGUGUACGGUAUGUAGCAGUUUGUCUUUUUCUGAUGCGAAGAACCUCAUAAAACUGACAUUUAACGUUCUACACACCAACUUUUACUACCAAUUUGAAAGGAGAAGCAGCUUUGGUUUAAGCUUGGGAAUGUCUGUUGUGUACAGAUCAAGACGGCUGCUGCACUGUUCUUGUGAGAAUAUGUAACCCUCCUGUUCUCAUUUACGUUCACCAAAAAAUAUUGCUUCCUUGUACGAAAAAAAAUCAAAAAAUUCAGCAACAAAAAUUCCCCAAAUUUAUAAAAAUUUGCAAAAUCUUCAGGAAGAAAAUUCCAAAAGUUUCCAUUAAAAGUUUUGGGUUUUUUUUAAAUCCCCAAAUUUGACAAGAAAAAUAAUUUAAAAAAUAGAAAAAAAUAAAAAUUGUAAAUACUUUCAACAAAUGAGUAAAAAUCUUCCCCCCAAAAAAUCUUAAAAAUAUCUAAAGUGAUUACACAUGUAUAUCAGUAAAAGUCCUAAUAUUUUCCUUAAGAAUAUUCAGGAAAAAAAAUCAUAAUUUUUUUCUGAAUAUUCUUAAACAUUUUUGUUUAACAUUAUUUUUCCACAAAAAAUGUUCAAAAAAUUUCCCGAAAAUGUGGAAGUUUUCACUGUGAAGAUAUACUUUUUUCCACAUUUUCAAACUUUAAAACUGGUCAAUUUUGACCUGCAGGAUGACAGGAGGGUUAAUAUCAAUCCAACAUGAUUGUUUCGCAGUAUCUAUCGGUAACUUCUGUGAGAUUUGUAUCUAAACUGAGAUUUCUUCUGUAAAUUUAGCGUUGAUCUUACCUGUCCAGGGUGAGAUAUUUCAUCGACACACGACAAAUAGCUCAGUUUUGCGAGAUAAAAUUAAAAAAACGCAAUGUAAUUUCUACUAAACUGACACAAAACAGCAGUCAUAACCUUCUACCUGCAGGUGGCGCAAUUACAAAAUAGUUUUCUUUGAUCAAAGUAGCACGUCUACACCAGAAGGUUCAAACUGUUGCCUUCAGGUACUUCGCAUCAGCGACACUAUGUCUUUGUUUACUCUUUAAAGUAGCUUCGAUACUCCUGGGGAUUAAAAAAAAAGAAAUCUAUUGAAAAUAUUUUAAAAGUCUGUGGUGUUUUUGCCUUUCUGUUUCUCUUUUUAUAUAAAGAUGUUUUCUUUUUUUGUUAGGUGUUUUUGUAUCGUCCUAACCAUGUUAUUGGACACAUGCGAUCGCAGUACCAUGUCCUAACUGUAUCUUGUAUCAUGCAUAUGAAAUAAAUCGGAAUUUAAUGACA